AUGGCUCAGGCUCUUGUUGUUCCGCACUCGUUGCCCAUCUAUGCUUUUAUGACAUUGUUUUUAGCUCUAUUAAACCUUGACCCUAGUUCUUGCUUCAACCCCAAACUCUUGAAUGCAACAAAGCUUCAGUCUGACAUUAAUUGGGAAGCCGCUCUAUCAACAACUCAGUCCGACUCCGACUGGGCACCGGCUGUUGCAACAUGGUAUGGAGAUCCCGAGGGUGGUGGGACUGAUGGAGGUGCGUGUGCUUAUGCAAAUGCUGUAGAUCAGCCUCCAUUUUCUAAAUUGGUUUCUGCCGGAGGGGCGUCAUUGUUCAAAUCAGGCAAAGGAUGUGGAGCUUGUUACGAGGUCAAGUGCACCGGUAAUGCAGCGUGCUCUGGGAAUCCUGUUACUGUUGUUAUAACUGAUGAGUGUCCCGGAGGUCCAUGUGCUUCAGAUGCUGUUCAUUUUGAUUUGAGCGGCUAUGCUUUUGGAGCCAUGGCCAAUUCUGGCAAAGAGUCUCAACUACGGGAUGCUGGAGUCCUUCAGGUUGAACAUAGAAGAGUGGCGUGCGCUUUUCCUGGUGUGGACAUAGCCUUCAGAGUGGACGCGGGUUCAAACCCUUACUAUCUUGCUGUUGUAGUAGAAUAUGAAGCUGGACCUGGUGCUUUAUCAGCACUUGAGCUCAAACAAGGUCAAGGUGACUCAGACUGGCUUGCCAUGCAGGAAUCUUGGGGUGCAGAUUGGAAAUUUAACUCUGGCUCACAGUUGCAGGGACCACUAUCUAUAAGACUAACUGCAGAUUCCGGCCAAACCCUAGUUGCAAAUGAUGUGAUUCCGGCUGGCUGGCAGCCUGGUCAAACUUAUCGCUCAGUUGUGAACUUUUAG